AUGGCCUCAAAUAACGACAGCAGCUACCCACCAAACUCGACCGACAACACGUCUCGUAACCGACGUAGCUCCGUUACUUCGGCGGCCCUCUCCAGCAUCUUUCGCAGCAACUCGACCUCGAACGCCAACAAUGGCACCCCUGCCUUCCCGGGCCCCGUUGGCUCGGCUGCCCUUGACCAGACACGGCGGCGGCGCCUCUCUGUGUCCACAACGGCCGCCCUUGGCCUAUCCGGCGCUACAGCAGGCAGCGGUAGCGUCAGUGCGGGCCCCAACGGCGGGAUUGGUGCGUCAUCGUUUGCAGCGCGCCGCGCAAGCAUGUCCACCAACUCGUCGACAUCGGACACGGCCUUUGACGAGAACGCCAUUGAAGACGACGACGCGCCUCCGGGUAGCGGGUCGCGCAACUCGCCCAAUUCUCCCUUUGCACGCCGCAUGAGUUUUGGUGCCCAGGCCAUGCGUAACCUCCGUGGCCCCGGUGGUACCAGUCCUGGCGGCGCCUCCUCUAACGACCAAGGAUACAACUGGCCUGAGCAGCUUAGGUCUCGUGCCGAGAGCAGUGUGGCGUCCGGCGCCCGGCCCUCGUUCUCCUUUGCCUCGGGAAUGGGCAAUUCCCCGCCGCGCGGAAGCGGCUUUGGCUCUAUGUCGAGCUAUGCCCCAGGUGGCAGCUCUGGCCUUCCGGGUGGUAUCAGCGGAGGCGUCGGCAGCGGCGGCGGUGUCGGCCUGCGCCACGACCGUGCCAAGUCUGUAUCGGACAUACCCACACCGGCACCCGCACAGCGUCCUGCUCCGCAGCAGCCCCGCCAGGCUCGGCCGAAGCCAGAUCACUUCCAAGAGAGAAUCCUCAAGGGUGACUUCUAUAUGGAUUAG